GCUUCGAAGCAAUGGAGCUUCGUAAGCUGACGCAAUAUAUGCAUAUAUGAGUAUAAUAUAUAUUCCCCAAAUGAAUCAAACAUUUUCACAAUCACUGAAACUUCCAUCGAUUCUUUGGUUCUUCCAUCAUCGACGAUAACUUUAAUGCCCCACUGAAUGCGAACUGGCUAUUUAUCCACAUCUCGUGGUUUAAAAUAUUUGAGUUGGACAGUGCAAUUAGGUAGGUGCUGCAUAAGACAAGUGCUUGAUUGUUUGCUUACAGUGGAGAAGUGGGUGUGAAGGUGGAUUGCUCAUCAUCCAUCCCAUGUGUCAUUUACUUCCUAUUUUGUUAAUGGACUCAGAUGGGCAUUUUCUUACUGGAAUUCCUUUGUAAAAGUGAGACCUGGAAAUCGCCAUUGUUAAUGGAGCGAGUAGAAAACCUUAACGAUCGUGAACAUAUAAUUGACAUAAGAAGCAACAAUGAGGCUUCCUCAUCUGGUUUAUCCCUUGACACAAAUGGCUUGGACACACUGCAGCGUGAAGACUGGAUUUCUACAACUGCAAGGACCCCUGUUUUUCAACCUUCACUUUCUUCUGCCAAUGGAUUGAACGCAAGGAACACGCCAGUCAUCAGGAGAGGGGAUGGGCAUGGUCGUCGCCGCAGUCGUCCAUUAAAUUCAGGGUUAUGGAUAUCUAUUGAACUAGUUCUAACAGUGAGCCAGAUUGUUGCAGCUAUUAUAGUUUUGUCCUUGUCAAGAAAUGAGCAUUCUCGUGCUCCUUUGUUUGAGUGGAUUGUGGGUUAUGCAUCCGGAUGUGUUGCAACACUUCCUCUUCUUUAUUGGCGCUGGCAUUAUCGCAACCAGGCUUCUGAACCAGAUUCAUCUCAGCCCCGUCAGAGUUCUACUCAGAGCAACCCUCCUGCCUCUUUCUCCACCUUUUCAAUUCCGAGAACUUCAGAAGGGGAAGGCCGGCUCACAGGUACAGCCUCUAGAGGCACUCAAAGCGUGAGAAUACCAAAUCCAAGGCUCAAGGCACUUGUGGAAUACUUCAAGAUGACUUUAGAUUGCUUCUUCGCUGUGUGGUUUGUGGUUGGCAAUGUUUGGAUUUUUGGUGGGCACUCUUCUUCCGCUGAGGCUCCCAACUUGUACAGGUUGUGUAUAGUGUUUCUCAUCUUUAGCUGUAUUGGGUAUGCAAUGCCAUUUAUUCUGUGUGCUACAAUCUGCUGCUGCCUCCCUUGUAUAAUUUCUGUAUUGGGCUUCAGAGAAGAUCUGAAUCAAAAUAGAGGGGCCACACCAGAAUCAAUAAAUUCUCUGCCAACCUACAAGUUUAAGAUAAAGAAAACCAGAAAUGGCAAUGGUAGAGAAAUCAGCUCAGGUGCUGGUGAAGGCGGGGUUGUUGCUGCAGGAACAGAAAAGGAGCGUGUGAUAUCAGGAGAAGAUGCGGUCUGCUGCAUUUGCUUGGCGAAGUAUGCACACAAUGACGAGCUUAGGGAGUUGCCAUGUACUCAUUUCUUUCACAAGGAGUGUGUCGACAAGUGGCUGAAGAUCAAUGCGUUGUGUCCCCUAUGUAAGGGUGAGGUGGGUGAGAGCAUUUUGAGUUCACUUUCCGGAGCAGCUUCUCUGCAUCAGGGUGGAAGUAGAGCAGGUAAUGACUUAGCCACUGAUGUGUUUUGAAUUGGUGAAAUAUAACAACCCUUCCGACCAUGUCUAUAUGAAACUGUUGCUUCAAAUUUGGGAUUUACAUUUUGCGUAAGACCAAUCAUUACCCAAAAGUAGUUAGCUUGGUGAUGCAAUAUUGUGACCGAUUUCUUUGUAAGCCUCUGUAAUAGUGAGAGAUUGUUCAAUGAUAAAAGGCCAAUGUGUACCUCUCUUAAGUUGGCAAGAAAAGAAAAAUUAUUACUUAUGAAUAAUGUUGUAAGGAUAUAAAUACAGACAAAGUUUGAGCAUUAGGUUUCAUAUUAGGUAUACCACUGUUUUAUGCGACAUUAGUAGAAGUUUAUUAGAAAGGAGUAAUGCUUCUUGCAGAUUGUAAUUUGAAACCCUAUAUUUCCAACUGAAUUUUUAUUCUUCAUAAUUCGAUGUCGGUGUCUUCCGAGGAUUUGAACAA